AUGUCAGUCAGGUCUCGCAUUGAAGGAAAAGCGUGUUCUCAGAAGUUUGCCCCAGAUUCUUGUGGCAAGGAGCAUCGGGGAGCUUUGCUCGAACUCUUGCGUUCAGGGGCCGCAAGCUCUGUGCAGCUCAAGAGCUCCAAGGCGCCGAAAGCAAAAAAUAAGAAGCCAAGGGCUACGAAACCUUCCAAGGUGCCCUCACGAGCCACGGCUGACGUGGACAGUGGGCCGGCCGGGCAGGCUGAGCAGGCACUUGAGCUUGAGGACAAGGAUGACAGUGAUGUGGAGCUAGGCAUUCUCGAACCGUUACCAGGCUGUGUGCCUUUGGAUUUGGAUGAAUCAGAUGAAUGA